AUGUCGGUUCCACCAAAUUCAUCGCCCUUACAUCGUAGGGUUGUUGUUGUCUCCGUCCUUUUGGCCUACUAUGUUUACCGGGGCCGCAACGUCACUGAUGGCACUGAGGGAGAAGUUCAAGCCAUCCUGACUGAGACCCUCCGGGAGGCAAGAGAAGACAUUCAUCAGGCGCCGGCGUCGGAGCUACCCAUGUCAGAAUACCUGUCGAUCUUCCUGCACUGCUUUUGGGCAUGUGCUCAAGCGAGGUCAACUCUCCUCCGCAAGCUGGUCUUCAUAUGGCUCGGCCUUCCUGUCGCUCUGCCAGUCUUUCUGCUCCUGAAGUACACCCCAAUAUGGAACACAACCGUGUGGACUGUCAAGUUUGUCAGACGAUAG